GAUUCUACAUUUGCCUUGUGGGAAACGGCCUUUUCCGGUGGCGAAUCCUAAUCGACCAUGAGUCUUGUAAUUCCAGAGAAGUUUCAGCAUAUUUUGCGUGUGCUAAACACCAACAUCGAUGGCAAGCGCAAGAUCAUGUUUGCCAUGACAGCCAUUAAGGGUAUUGGUCGUCGAUAUGCUAACCUUUGCUGUAAAAAGGCAGAUGUUGAUCUUAGCAAGAGAGCUGGAGAGUUAACCGAAGAUGAAGUGGACAAGCUAGUGACCAUCAUGCAGAACCCUCGCCAGUACAAGAUUCCAGACUGGUUCCUCAACAGACAAAGAGACAUUAAGGAUGGCAAAUUCAGUCAAGUGUUGGCUAACGCACUUGAUAACAAGCUCCGUGAGGAUCUUGAGAGACUUAAGAAGAUUAGAGCACACAGAGGCCUCCGACAUUAUUGGGGUUUGAGAGUGAGAGGUCAACAUACCAAGACAACAGGUAGACGAGGAAGAACUGUUGGUGUGUCCAAGAAGAAGUAGACCUUAACCAUUCACAAUCUACUGACAUGCUUGAUAAUAUUCAACUUGGGACUUUUUUGUAAGGUGUACAUCAAAACCUUGCCAAUAAUAAAUUCUGAAUUGCAGGGCAGGUGGUUUAUAUCUGUGAAAUGUAAAUUAUGAAUGGUUCUUUUUGAGGAAUCAAUAAACCACAAAAGUGAAA